AUGAGUCAGUGGAAGCAGAUUCAGCAGCUGGAGAUCAGACUCCUGGAACAUGUGGAUUAUCUGUAUGAUGAUAAUUUCCCCAUGGACAUCCGGCAGGGUCUGGCCGGCUGGAUCGAGUCUCAGGAUUGGGACACGGCGGCUAACGAUGAGUCGAUGGCGUCUGUGAUGUUCACCAAUCUGUUGACCCAGCUGGAGAGGGUUCGUUCGCAGGAGCAGAACUUCCUACAAAGACACAACAUGAAAAUAAUACAGCAACAGCUACAGGUGAAAUACACAACCAACCCCACCGUCAUGGCCAGAGUGAUCUCCACCUGCCUCAGGGAAGAGCGGCGUAUCCUCUCCAGUGCCUGCUUGCAGGAGCAGGGUCCUCUAGAGAAAUCAUUGCAGAAUUCAGUGGCCUUCGAGAGGCAGAAGAACAUGGACAACAGAGUUGGGAUCAUCAGAAACAGCGUGCAGUUGAUGGACCAAGCUGUAAAAUUCAUCGAGGACAUGCAAGACGACUUUGAUUUCCGUUACAAGACCCUACAGUCUCGAGACCCAGCAGAGAGGAACUCUGACCAGAUGAAACAGGAAGUAACAAGACUACAGGAGAUACUCAACAGACUUGACUUUAAAAGGAAGGAGAUCCUUUCAAAGAUGGACAUUGUGAUCAAGGAGAUUGACGACUUGGUGACUUCUCAGCUCAGCCCCGAGCUGCAGGACUGGAAACGCAGGCAGCAGAUCGCUGCCAUCGGUGGUCCGCUGCUCACCGGCCUGGAGCAGCUGCAGAGUUGGUUCACUCUGAUGGCCCAGAGUCUCUUCCAGAUCAAGCGUCAACUGGACAAACUGGGAGAGCUGGUUUUGAAGGUUACCUAUGAGAGUGACCCGAUCCCACUGCAAAAACCUCAGAUGGAGGAGCGAGUCAAAUUCCUCAUCUACCACCUCAUCAAGAGCUCAUUUGUGGUGGAGAAACAGCCGUGUAUGCCCACACAUCCACAGAAACCCCUCAUCAUCAAGACCGGAGUACAAUUCACCACCAAAGUCAGACUGCUGGUUAAACUUCCAGAAGUGGAUUAUCAGCUGAAAGUGAAAACAACAUUCGACAAGGACCUCCCCCCUGGCAGAGUAAGUCGUCAGUUUUUCAUCCUGACCAACAACACUAAAGUUAUGGACAUUGAGGAUUACUCCAACGGAUGCCUCUCAGUGGAAUUUAGACACUUGCAGCUGAAGGAGAAGAAAUACAUCAAUGGCACGAAGGGGAAUGAGGGUCUGCUCUCCGUGACAGAAGAACUUCACUCUCUCAGUUUUGAGGCAUGCUUCACGGUGCAGGGCCUCACCAUCGAUCUGGAGACGUGCUCUCUUCCACUGGUGGUCAUUUCCAAUGUGAGCCAGCUGCCUGGAGGCUGGGCGUCUGUCAUGUGGUACAACCUCUUGACCGAUGAGCCGAGGAACUUGGCGUUCUUCGGGAACCCUCCUCGGGCUAGCUGGAGCCAACUCUCCGAGGUUCUCAGCUGGCAGUUCUCCACCUUCGCUGGUCGAGGCCUGAACAAGGAGCAGCUCACCAUGCUGGGAGAAAAGCUUCUUGGUCAACACGCCUCCUGCAAUGACUAUCAGGUUUCCUGGUCCAAGUUCUGUAAGGAGAAUAUUACAGGAAAGCCCUUCAGUUUCUGGAUGUGGCUGGACUCGAUCCUGGAGCUCAUCAAGAAGCAUCUGCUGCCCGUCUGGAAUGAGAACUACAUCAUGGGUUUUGUGAGUAAAGAGAUGGAGCGCACUCUGCUGAAGGGCCGAGAGCCCGGCACCUUCCUGCUACGCUUCAGCGAGAGUCACCUCGGAGGAAUCACCUUCACCUGGGUGGAGCACAAAGACAACGGAGACGUGAAGUUCAACUCGGUGGAGCCUUACACUAAGAGCCGGCUGACCGCUCUGCCGUUUGCCGACAUCAUACGGGACUACAAGGUGAUCUCGGACGGAGUCGUCCCCGAGAACCCGCUCAAGUUCCUCUAUCCGGACAUUCCCAAAGACGAGGCCUUCGGACGGCUCUACAACAGUCAGCCCAGCAAAGUUCAUCCGUACAUACCGUCUACUCUGAUCCCCAUCUCCGAACUGCGCUCUAACACGAGCACCACGCCGCCUCCUAGUCAGUCUCCUGAACCUCCAAUGACCCCCGGAGAGUUUGACAUGCUCAACGAGCAGCUGUGCUUCGACAUCGAAACCAUGAGUUCUCCAUAUUCAGAGUAAAGCCAGAUGAAAUAUUUUAAUUAAACAACCAGGUUUUCACACCGACCUGACCUCAAAUCAUCCAUCCAUCCAUCCAUCAUUUAGCUGUAGAGCGGCCGUAGGGUUAGGGUUAGGGUGAGACAGGAGACGCUGGACGAGAGGUAUUGACCCUGAACAGGCUGCCAGACAAUCACAGAGAAACCUUACAUCAACAUUUUCAUUUUUACAAUCAUGAAACAGAGGUUUUGUUGUUGUUAAGUUGGAUUUAUUGCUUCUGCUGUUGUUGUUUUUUUUAUUUUUCAUAUAUUCAUAAUUGGGUAACGCUUUAUUUUACAAAUCCCUAAAUGUUUUAAGUAAUUUCCAGAGUAAUUUGCAGGUAUUUAAU